AUGGGAAGCAGCGCCUACACCUUUGGCAUUGCCCUUUUUGCGGCUAUCGGUACUCUUUGCUUCGGCUUUGAUACCGGAAUCGCCACAACGACUAUUGCUCAUGCGAGCUGGAUCGACUACAUGGGUCACCCUUCCAAGGGUUUGACCGGAGCGGUUGUGGCCAUCUACAUCGCGGGAGAAGCAGUGGGAGCCAUCGUCCAGACGCUCAUCGCUGAUCGGCUCGGCCGCGUUCGCUUCAUGCAACUCAUGGCCGUGGUUGUGACCAUUGGGACUGUCAUCCAGACUGCCUCUGUCAACAUUGGCAUGUUCCUCGCUGGCCGUUUCCUUGCUGGCGCUGCUGUCGGUGGACUCGUGUCGACUGUCCCCAUCUACCUCAGCGAAAUCGCGUCUCCAAAACAUCGCGGUCUCAUCGGCGGUAUCUCUGGUUGCGGUAUCUGCUUCGGCAUCAUGCUGUCCAACUGGGUCGGCUUCGCGUGCUCGUACGCCCCCUACGGCGAGGUACAGUGGCGCCUUCCUCUGGCCAUCCAGAUUCCCUGGGGUAUCAUUCUCUUCAUUGGCCUGGCCACGUUCAUGCCCAACUCCCCGCGACAGCUCGUCUGGAAGGGCAAGAUCGACCAGGCACGGAUCGAGUUUACCAGGAUCUACCGCCGCGAGAUCCCGGACGAGACCGAGCUCGCUGAGCAGUUCACCCUCAUGCGCGCCCAGAUCGAGUUCGAGAUGGAGCGCGAGGUCAAGACGUACCGGGAAGCUUUUGUCCUGUUCCGCCACCGAGCGCUCGUGUCGAUCGCCGUCCAGACCUUCACCAGCCUGACGGGAGUGAACGUCAUCCAGUACUACCAGACCAUCCUGUACAAGUCCCUCGGCAUGGAUCCCAAGACGAUUCUUGCCCUUGCUGGUGUCUAUGGUACUCUGAGCUUCCUGAUCAAUGCUGUGGCCACGACCUACCUCACUGACCAGUGGGGCCGCCGGAAGAUGCUUCUUGCCGGUAUGGCGGGUGUGAUCCUCGUCGAGAUCUACGCGGCGAUUAUGCAGAGAGAGUUCCAGAACACGGAUAACCGGAUUGGAAAGGGAUUCGCCAUCCUUGGCAUCUACCUCUUCGUGGUUGUAUACUACGGCUUCCUCGGCAGCACCCCUUGGCUCUACGGUGCUGAGGUUCUGCCAAUGACUCUCCGCAGCAAGGUCAUGGGCAUCGCGUCUGCCUCGCACUUUAUUGUAAACGUCGGCAUCACAGAGGCUGGCCCCAGCGCCUUUGCCAACAUAAAGGAGAACUACUACUACGUCUUCGUCGGAUGCACGCUCUUCUUCCUCGUCAUCGCCUGGUUCUACUUCCCCGAAACCAAGGGCAAGUCGCUGGAGGAGAUCGCUGCUGCUUUUGGCGACAAGGUUGUUCUGGUUGAUGAAGCGGCGGUUGCCCAGGAGAAGGUGGCAGAGGAGAAGCUGAAGCACAGCAUUGACCUGGCUGAGACCCGUCACGAGUCUGUCUGA